AUCAUGCUUGUCAAAAAUCAACAAAGGAAAACAUAAUUUGAAUUGUUUCAUAAGAUAGUUUCUAAUAGCAAUGGCUUUCAAGUCAAUUAUAUUAACCAUUGCCAUAAUGGCUAUUUUAUCUUCAAUAAGUCUUGCAUUUGAUCCUAGCCCUCUGCAAGAUUUCUGUGUUGCUGUUGAUGACUCCAAGACUGCUGUUUUUGUGAACGGAAAAUUUUGCAAGGAUCCAAAGGUUGUUAUGGCGGAUGACUUCUUCAAAUCAGGUCUGAACAUUCCUGGAAAUACUUCGAAUCAACUUGGAUCUGCUGUAACUGCUGUGAACGUCGACAACUUACAUGGACUGAACACUCUGGGCAUUUCAUUAGCUCGUAUUGACUAUGCACCAUAUGGUCUCAACCCACCUCAUACGCACCCCCGAGCAACUGAGUUUCUUGUUGUCCUCGAGGGCACGCUCUAUGUUGGCUUUGUCCUUUCAAACCCGGGUCCAAAUCUGAAGAAUAAACUUUUUACCAAAAUUUUACAUCAGGGAGAUGUGUUCGUUUUCCCAAUAGGACUCAUUCAUUUUCAAUUUAAUGUGGGAAAGAAUAAGGUCGUUGCACUUUUCGGAUUGAGUAGUCAAAAUCCAGGAGUCAUCACUAUUGCAAAUGCGGUAUUUGGCUCAGACCCACCAAUCAAUGAUGAUGUCCUCGCCAAAGCAUUCCAAGUUGAUAAAAAAGUUGUGGAUUACCUCCAAUCACAAUUCUGGUGGGAUAACAACUAAACCGAUUUUUGAAAGAAUAUAUUGAUCUACAAUUAGUUAUGGUUCUGUGAACUGUCUGUGUCACAGAAUUAAAUAAGUAAUCAAUGUCGACUGGUUUUCCUCUCCAUUAUUUAGGUGUGAUGUAUUGGAUGAGGAUAUGUAAUGUUUUGUUAUGGAAUAAAAUUUUCAUUGUUUGUGAUAUA